UAUAAUACGAGUACUUAUAUGUCUGUAUAUGUUCUUAUGACUUAUUACCCUUCCGCCCCCCCACUCAGCCCUACCUACUCACCCUGCUCACAUUCUUCACCCUCUCCCUCGAAUAUCACCGAAUACUUCACUACCAUUGGCUGCCUAGACAUAGAUAUUCAACCUAAGGUCUAUCUUCAAAAAGGAUGCCAGAUACGAAAAAUAAAACUAAAAGCCAACCUUCGCCUAUACAUCGCUCAUUUGUCGGAUUUGUCCAAGCGCUAUUUGCGCUCGCCGUGUUCGCCAUCUUUGUGAUCGCGUGGUUGGUCCAGGGCGGCUCUAUCCCUCUUCCUCAGUGGGCCAAGAACUUGAACGGCCUGUCGCCCGAACUCCAGGGUACCUACCAAGCUGCGCUGAUCCCCGCCGUCCUCGUCUUGGCCUUGCUCUUCCUCGCGGCCGGGGUCUUAUUGAUGCUGAGGGAACGAAGGGAAAAUCGAAACGGAAUUCCUUAGUGCGGUAACCUGGUCGCUGCCUUAAAAGGGGCGAACAAAGAAAGAAAGACGAAGUCGCAAGCGGAUUGUGAAGGGGGAAUCCUUGGUGUCAUAUUCUGGGUGGAUCUAACAUUCGGAGCCCGCGGCAACCGACGGUCGAAUGCCAUGCGUUCCCUGCUUCUGAAAUGAUAAUCGACGUCAUGGCUUGGGCUAUGCAAUGUGCUAUAUCUACGAUAUAGUGCCAUCCUCGAUGUCGAGUUCGCCGCGAGUUCGGCUAAGAUGGCCGUAGAACCAGCCUCGCCCCCCCCCCCAAUCUAGGGCAGCGCUGGUUCGUGUCCAAUCUCAUUCUCAUAGAUACCAGCGAUGUUAGAGAGACUACGGUUUACGACUCUCACUACCAUUCUUUAUCAUUGGAUGUUUACGAAGUAUCACGAACAGGCUUUUGGGAGGGCGCAACAAAGGGUUUAGGGGGUUGAUGACAAUACCAUCUACAGGAUAUAAGGGGCUUUGCAUGACGGCGUUUACGGUUGGAGACGGAAUUAGAGCUUUACGGAAAGCGUCAGAGUGGCCAAGGGUCUUCUGGUAUACCUCAUAGAUGACAUACUAGCAAUUUGAUUUAUUUAUAAUUCAGCAUGUG